ACAAGAAGAAAAAUUGAGAAAAUUGUGAUUGAUGAAAGAACUUUUUGCAAAUUUGGAAUUCCAUUUAGAUACAGCGAAUCGUAUAGGAAAGAUUAGAUGUCCAUUGGAUAAAUAGAUUAUUCAUAUUAAAAUAUGACUGGUGGCGCACCGGGCAACACCACCGACACUGAAGUCCUCGUGGCGGAGGAGCGGGUGGAAGCAAUGUCCAUCAUUGUCUGGUCGGUCGGCGCCCUGCUACUUCUCGCCCUUCUUUCCCUCCUGGCGCGCAUUGUCCUCGCCCGCCGGAAACAGGAAUUUGACGACGCGUGUGAUUAUGAUUAUUAUGGCGACCCUGUACCUCGAAACACGGAGAGUAGACCAGCCUUACGCCUAUUCAUAGAUGGUCAAGGUUACGUUGUUGAGCCCGGUUCGCCGUCACGUGACACUGCUAGUCUCGUUCCCGCUACGGAUAAUACGGUAGCGGGUUCUCCGGAAUGGCGUCAAAACGCUCCACCGUACAGUGCUCAAAAUGAUACCAAUGCAAGACAGAUUAACGAAACGUCAACACCGAAUAGAUCUCGACAGAACAGUGCAUCAAAUUCUAUCCAAAGAUCAACUCAAAGUUUACCAAACAAUUCGGAGAUUUUGACAAGACAUUUACGGGUCGGAGAAUAUGUUAAUAGUUUACCAUCGCCCGUUCCUUCACAGCAAACGGCGGAAAUACUGCCCGAUGACUUCACAGGAUGUCAUGCCACGAUUAAUGGUUACGUCAUCAGUCCACCCUCAUAUUACGACGUUGUAAACUCGUCUAGUCCUGAAAUCCCUUCAGUUAUAGUGGACAGACCCGCUACUCGACCACAGCCAAGGAGAAUACUAUUUUCGUUAUGAUAGUUUGAUUGAAAUUUUGUUAAAAUCGACGUUUCGACAAUAUCAAUUCACAGUCAAUGAAAGUAAAUAGUGUGCAGAGACAAUAGCGUAUGUGCACAAUUGAAGUCGGAUCUACUCAUUAAAGCAUCAUUGACGUCACCGAAACAUCCGAUAAUGCUAAAAAUGGCGCACAACGACAACGAUAUUUCGUUAAAAGAGUGUAACUAGUCAGUUUAUGACAUAAACAUAAUUAGCUGGGGUUGUUUUCAAUAUUUGUCUUAAUUGUAUGUAAGAUCGAUGUAGCUAAUCGGAUCGAAUUGUAUAAAUAAUAGACAUAUACAGUGACUGAGGCCAAUGAUAAAUUACCGUAAGAUUGAAUAUGCAUAUUGAAUACCACCCAAGAGGGGCUUUCUAUUUGAGUGUCAUGUUUGGGCCAAAUUCAAUUACAAACAUGUAUGUAAUCAGAUUGUUCGUGAUGAUUUAACAGAGAGAAAAAUGUCAAUGAAACCCGAUAAUGCUUUGAUUUUAAAGACAUAAUUCUACCGUUCCUGAUAUUUCGUUAAAUAACCUGAUGGCAUUCGUUAUCCAAAUAAUCACGGAACAUGGAGAUGUCAAAUAGAAAUAUUACGAUAGUAUACCUUAUUUCAUAUGUUAGCCUUACCUCUUUGGUUAAUAUUUCAGUAAGUUUGCGGCUGAAAUAAGAGUAUAUUUCAGUGAUAGUGCUGAUCACAUUUAUUUUUGUGUUGGAUGGCAGAUGAUACUAUGUCUGGUUCAUUAUGAAAAAUCCAGUUUAACAAUUUUGCCUCCUCCAUGUUGCUUGGAAAUCAACCUCGGAUGUAUUGGACGGUUUACAAUGUCAGAAUUCAUUACAUUUAACUACGCUGUAAGUAGAUCGCGUAGAAAUUUCCAUUUAGUAGUUAAAGUUUAGGACUUGACUCUAAGGAAUUUUAUUACUUAGAAUGCAGUAAUAGACUUCACUAAAACAAUUUGAACUUAGAAUAAAACGUACGCGUUAAAACAGUACACUUCAUAAAUAUUAGUAUUACUUUAUCGAACUACUUUGACUCAUGCUACGGCAUACGUCAGAGUCUCGUCGUUCGGCGGAGAUGGCCGAGGUGUUCCGAUUAGACUUUUACUUUCAGACCAAAACAUGUACAUAUCUAACAUUAGCAUAAUUUGACGUGACAGAGAUGUUUCUAGUCUUUGCGUUUUGAUUAUUUUCGUAGAUUUUAUUUUAAUAACUAAUAUAAUAAUAUAUUGACUUAUAUCUACAUAAUUAUGAUAUUAUCUUGUAUAAUGGUGCUAUACACACGUAUACAUAUAUAGUGCUUGUACAUGUUUUGUUUGUGUUCAUAAUAAAAAUGGCGUAUAAUAUAGCAAUCUCCUACGCAGUGAUCUCCCCUGAAGAGCAGAAAUAGAUCCCAGCCACACUGAGCGAGUAUAACUGGAUUUCAACUGUAUAAACUACAUAAAAUUAUGGGUUUUUUUCUACUCUAUUUUUUUGGACUGAUGUUAUCAAAUUUUAAUAAAUCAAUGUGUUUUUGAGGUUUAAAUACAAAAAAAAAAAUACUUAAAAUUUAAUGUAUUUUAAAAUCUUCACCGAUAUGGUGAUUUGCAUGGUGGCAGGAUUAACUGUACUGCAAGGGGAGUUAUAACCCUACAUGGAGUUUGAUAAAACAGUUAAGUUUAUAUGCGUAUUUCUUGGAAAAGAGAAGUAUGUCAUCAUUUCUUCACAAAUUAAAGGUCGCAUUUAUUUACAAAGGCUAACCACAAUCUAUUUUCAGAAAACGGAAGUCUAUUGAAUACCAUUCUUUUUUAUUAAUGCGUAUUUCUUAUCAUAUACAUAUAUGGAUUGUAUGCUACAAAACGAGUGAAUCAUCCGGUUUAUGAGUUUUUCGAAAAUUUACAGCUUUUGAAUGAUUUAUUUUAAUACAUUGUACAUGUAUAAAAUAUAUUAGUAAUGUUCUUUAAAUAAAUGAUAU